AUCUCGAUCGCCACCGCCACCUUGAACACCGUCCUCCUAAACAUGUCGCUCAUGAACUCAGCAUCAUCAUCACUCCGCAGGGCAACGGCCGUCGCUGGCCCUUCGUCCUUGGCUCGACGUGCUUUGUCGACCUCUGCUCCUCGCGCCCUGGCCACACCAGCUGGAGACUUGUCGUCAUCACAGCCAGCAUCGUCGAAGCCCCAGCACAUGAAGGAAUUCAAGAUUUACAGGUGGAACCCGGAUCUCCCAACAGAGAAGCCGCAAAUGCAGUCGUACACUCUCGAUCUCAAUCAGACUGGACCCAUGGUUCUUGACGCUCUCAUCAAGAUUAAGAACGAAAUGGACCCGACGCUCACAUUCCGUCGCUCGUGCCGUGAGGGCAUCUGCGGCUCGUGCGCCAUGAACAUUGAUGGUGUCAACACCUUGGCUUGCCUCUGCCGUAUCGAGCGCGCCGGCGGCGACUCCAAGAUCUACCCCUUGCCGCACAUGUACAUCGUCAAGGACUUGGUUCCGGACCUCACGCAGUUCUACAAGCAGUACCGCUCCAUCGAGCCCUUCCUCAAGUCAGACAAUACUCCCAAGGAGGGCGAGCACCUUCAGUCACCCGAGGAGCGUCGCAGGCUGGACGGUCUCUACGAGUGCAUUCUCUGCGCCUGCUGCUCGACUUCGUGCCCCUCGUACUGGUGGAACCAGGACGAGUACCUCGGCCCCGCCGUCUUGAUGCAGGCAUACCGAUGGAUGGCAGACUCGCGCGACACGCACGGUGAAGAGCGAAGGCAGAAGCUGGAGAACUCCUUCAGUCUCUACCGAUGCCACACCAUCUUCAACUGCUCCAAGACAUGCCCCAAGGGUCUCAACCCGGCAAAGGCUAUUGCCGCAAUCAAGAGGGACAUGGCCUUUGGUCCGCCCAAGAGCGACUCCCAGAGGCAGGUCAUUGCCGACAACUAAGGGCACGCAUCGUUUUCUCUUUCUUGUUUCGUCACGCUCGAUGCUAUGCGCGCCGCGCACACGGUAAUAUCACGAUUUUGACUUCACUGCACGCUACCUGACUCAUCUUGACUCCCCAUCGUCGUCGUCGUCGUCGUCGUGCACGCCGUCGCCCAUCGCCUUGAUGAAGUCUAGCAUAGCCCACUGUGGGCCAAAGGCAGCUUGGCUCUCGUACCACCAAUU